UGAUCGCAAAUUUUGUGGAACAAGGCCAGCACACGUGUACUCAUACACAAACAUUGGACGAGCGACGUAAUCUGAUUGGCUGUCAAGCCGCUCCAAGUGUUCUUGUUUUGGAGACUGAUUAGGACUAAUUUUGUGAAAUACUUUGAAAAUGUCGUGGAAUAGCGAUACAGUGUUGGAGUUCUUAGAACUUUACAGAAGAGAACAACAUCUGUGGGAUCCAAAACAUCCACUGCAUAGAAAUAGAAGCGAAGUUUCGGAUUCCUGGCUCAGAAUACAGUCAUCGCUAAGUAUACAUUAUUCAAUUACGGAUCUAAAGAAGAAGAAGGAAUCAUUAAUGACGUCCUUCAGGAUGCACCUCGGGAAAAAGAAAGUUCAGCCGGGAUAUCGUACUACUUGGUUUGCCUAUUCACUAAUGGAAAGCUUUCUUGGCGGUAAAUACGAAUGCGAUAGCACAAAUCAAUUGGAAAAUGAGUACUUCACGAAUACGGGCAAUUACACUACUCAACCGGGAAUACCUGAUCAUACCAAUAAUAUUAAUAGGAACGUCGGUAUUUCUGACAAGCAUACUGCGAUGGUCAGGCAAAACAAGUCUGCAUCUCCGUGUCAGAAGAACAAAAAUAAUUCUGAUUUAAAUUACGCUAAGAAACGAAUGGAUGAAGCUGUAACAUAUCUUAAAAAUGCAGGAGGCGCUCAGAAUGAAAAAGAUGAAUACGAGUUAUACGGACAGUUGUUAGCGAAAAAAUUAAGAAAGCUUGACGAACACCAACGUGAUUUGGCGAUGCAUGAAAUAGAUAACGUGAUGUUUCGCGCCAAAAUGCAAAGCACUACGCCGCAACAAAGAAGUUACUCCACUUCGCCGUCGCCUGUUCCUCGGAAGUUAAAAUCUCCUAUAUUUAUAGUAACACAACAAAAUCCCACGAAUAUACAGUACGAAGAUGAAAAUAUACCUUAUCAGGAACAGCCACCGUCUUAGAACCUACUUGAUGAGUGUUGGACACUUUGGAUGGAAGCUUGAAAGGGUCACGGCUAAGAACCGAGCCCGGAUAUUUGAUUUGUUGGGCCGUGAAAGCAGCAAAAGUAGCUAUAACAAAAAUUUUCAGUGUUUUAUACUAACUU